GUGGUGGUCGGCGGCGCUGGGAGCGGCCGAGGGUGGGGAGCGGCUGCUGAAGAGUGUCUGCUGGCUUCGCGGCGGAGCGGGGCCGGCACGGCCCGCGGUGCGGCAGCGCGACUCGGCGUAGGGGAAGCCGGGGCUCAUGUUCGCCCCGCGUUGGGAGCGCUGAGGGGAGAGGCUGUGAGGAGGGGCCCGGCGGGGCGCCCAGGAGGAAGAGAGCUGUACUCUUGGAAGAUGAAGUUUGUUUGGGGGAUUCAUCCUAAUGCUCUGGCAUAUUCCAUGACUACUUUAGGGGCUGGAAUGAUGAACAGUAUCUUUAAUUUCUACUACGUUAAGCUUUUCCUGAACCGAUACAAAAUUUCAGAAGGAGCCUUUAAUCAAGCACAGGUCGUGUUUAUGAUCUGGAACGCCGUCAACGAUCCUCUCUUUGGGUACAUCCAGGACAACUCCAAGCUCCGGUGCUGCGCCAGGCGCCAGUUCUCCAUCCUGUACGGAGCUCCUUUGUACGGGCUGGCCUUCCUGCUCCCCUGGUUUCCCUGGAAGCAGUACGAGGACGGGGACUGGCUCUGUGGUUUCCACCUCGUCGUUGCCUUGUGUGCCUUCGACGGUUUGCUCACGUUCGUGCUCCUGGCGCAGUGUGCGCUCUUUGCCGAGACCUCGACCAGGCACGAGAGCAGGCUCCAGCUCAUCAAGUACAACCAAGUAGCAACACUCAUUGGAGCCACAAGCAUCCUCUUCUGUGGGCUCAUAUCAGAUAACAUGGAGAACUUUGCCUAUUUCCAGGCUUUCACUGUUUUGAUCGCAGCACUGGCGACAGCUUGUAUGUGUUGCACAGGUAAAUACAGCACCAGCCAGUAUGAGCAGAGAGAAAUUCAUGUGGAGAGUGCUAACCUGGAAAACAGCGAGGGAGCUUUCUCCUUGGCCUCAGUGGUUUCAUUGACCAAACAGAUUAUGACAGAGAAGAACUUUUUAUUUUUUGUCACAAUGAACUUCUUCCAAGUCUUCCACCUGGCCUUCUACAGCAAUUUCAUGAUAAUCUUUGCGGAUAAUCUUAUUCCUACGGAUGUCCUUUCUUCCUCAGUCAGAAGUAUCAUGUAUGGAGCAGGUUUUAUUUGUCCUCAGUGCCUCGUUCUUCUCAGUCAUGCUUCGUUGAAGAAGUUUGGUUAUUACAGAGUCAUCUUGUUUUCCUUUUACUAUGAAGGAGUAGCUGCUGCUGUCAUGUUUUUUCUAGGGCAAGAACACUAUUACCUGUUGGCAUUUUAUCUCACAACAAACAUGGUAAUUGCACAAGCCUCCUUUAGUUUGUUCAAUUUGCCUUUGGCAGAUAUUGUUGAUGCAGAUUUAGUAAAGCACAAGCGCAGAGCACCACUUUCCUCUAUGGUUUUUGGUACCAAUGCUUUAUUUACCAAGCCUGCCCAAUCUUUGGCUCCAAUGCUUGUGGUUAAAGUACUAAAUCAAUUUGGAUAUAGGAACCUGAAUAAUGUUGAUCAUCCUGAUGCAAGGACAUUUUUAGAUCUCCAUGAUGCCAUGUUCAACCUGAUCUGCCUGGUUCCACUUUGCAUUGCAGUCAUGCAGGUCCUGACAUGGACUCCCUUUUCCAUCCAGAACAGCCACGUGACAGCUGUACACUAAAUACAUCCCCCUUGGGCAGUGCCUCUUCUGCUCAGCUCAGCCAUAAAAGAGUUUGUAUGAUUUUCAUGUGAAAAAGCAAAAUUGCAAGACAGUUGGAGCUCUUUAUAAGUUGCAUUCAGCCUUAAUGCUGAGCCUACACAGAGUCUUUCCUAGUUUGGUCAUUUUCCUUUAAUGGGUGUUAUCCUUAAUUACUUUAUUUAAAGUAAUUUCUGGUCUAUACUGAUCGCUGUUAACUCACUUGAAGAAUGGAUAUGGCAGAUCAGGUAAAGGAAUCCCAACCCAGCACCUGGAAUUCAAGGGAACUGUAUUUUCUUAAGCUUACUGGUGGAUUAAUUUUGCCAUCCUGGUAAAACAGCAGAUCUCUGGUUAAUCUGGAAGACUCUGGUGUGUCGACAUCCCUCAUGGAUGGCAGGGAGAUGAAGGGAAACAUUUAGAUGGUGUCUGGCUGGCCAAUAUAACACAAAUCUGACAGCUACCACAGGCAGAGGCAAGAGUAAUUAACUUCCCUGUGAAAGUCUGUGUAGGGCUAAAGAAGAAAAAGAUUAAAGUGCUGUUCAUUUUAAUGCUGUUCAUCCAGUGUUGCUGGAUGUGGAAAAAGCUCCAUAAGUCCUCACUGGCUUUCUGAAUAUCUCUUGGUGGUGGAAGGUAGAUGCAGUUUUCUGGCUCUAAAUGGGAAAAUUAUUUUGAAGGUACCAUAUUGUCAGUACUUCAUACAGAAUGUCACGUGGCAAGAACAACAUCAGUGUGUGGGUGUAAUAAUGUCCAGUUAGUUGGAUAAAUCUAAGCACAGACAGUUGUUGAAGUAAACUCUACCUGUUCAGUAAUGUUACAGUGGCAAACUCAUCUGGUAUGUGACAACUGAAGUUAUUUUCUGAUUAAUUCUUACCAAAAUCUUUUUAGUCAACCUUUUAAAUGGAUCCUAUGAUUUUUAUAAAAUAAAGAGUUUUUGACAAAAUUUCAGAAGCAUCAAGUCCUGUCUUUAUUUCCCAGGUUGUAAUGAUAAGACACAUUACCAUGUUUACAAUAUUCCUGUUCAAUAAAUAUUAUUUUUUCCUCGAUAUAUCGAAUGUGUAAUUGGUAGUUUAAGCAUACUAUCAUAGUUUCAUUUUUGUUCUUUGUUUUGCCUGGGCAAAUGUAAUUUUAGAAGCACCUUUCUUAUGGAGUGCCAGUCACUUGAAAGUACAAGAAGAUGCACUGUGGAUCCCAAUUUUAAAGUGCAUCCCAAUUUUAAAUUGUGUAUCCCAGAUUUAAAGUGCUGAGCCAGCUUAUUUCCAAGGCUCUCUACAUUGGAGAAGAAAGGAGUGUAAGACGAGGCCCUGCAUUUUGGUGGACAGUAGCACGACUUAAUGAAAAAGUUUGAGAUUUGA